AUGGAGCGCGAGAGGAGCAAGGGGGAGAGGCGCGAGGUGGAGCUCGCUCUCGCCGCGUCCGGCAUGGGCCAGCGCGGCGGGAGAAUUGGGGGGCAUCCGGGGGUCGAGAUGGCGGUCAGGCAGCAGCUGGCGGCAAACAUCGUGACGGAGAGAAGAAAAGUAGUGACGUGUUCAACGACGACCCCGGCGGAUUUUGCCGCUACCACCAGUCCGAGCUUCACACCAACGAGCAGUGUCGUCUCCGGCAGCAACUGCGGCGCGCUCAUUCGCGAGGGAGCGCCGCGGAACGCCGCUCGGGCGGCGGCAGCCGCGGUGGCGGCGGUAGCCAGCGAGGGGUUAGACCGCCGCCGGGGCCAGGCCGCGGUGGCGGGCGAUGGCGACGGUCGUGCCGAGAGAGAACGGGCAGGGAGAGGCCCGGAGCACGCGCGUUCUGGGCACGGAAGAGAGCAGGCGUACGUUGUGUACGACGCCCACGAUGAUGGUGGCUACUACGAAGACUACGGCGACUACGACGACGGCUACUACUACGACGACGGCUACCACGACGCCGGGUACGCCCACUACGCCGGCGGUGGGGACAGCUACAGCGUCUCCUCAGGGUUGACGAUUUCUCAGCAGACUUUCACGGACGAGCUAGCAGCAGAAUAUGGAGUAGUGGGAGGUAGGAGCGUUCCGAUGUCUUCGGGUGUGAAGCUUUCUGAUUUUGAUGCGGAUGAGGUGGCGACAGAGUUUCCGUUUCGUGAGCUGGUAGGAUCGUUGAUGUGGCUGGCGACUCAGACUAGACCAGACAUUGCGAAUGCAGUAAGGGCAGUAGCUAGGUAUUGCGCAUCUCCGAAGCUGGUACACUGGAAUGCAGCGAUGGAUAUUUUGGGCUAUGCGAGGAGGACGAGUCACUUUGGUAUUUCGUUUCAGAGAGGUACGGUAGAGGGAUUAAGCUUGCAGGGGUACGCUGAUGCGGACUUUGCAAGCAAGGCAGCAGACCGUAGGUCGGUAUCAGGGGAGAUCGUCGCGUGUGGAGCAGGUGCUGUGUCUUGGUUUUCCAGAACGCAGAAGUGUGUUACGCUUUCGACGACAGAAGCAGAGUACGUCGCGCUUGGUGACGAAGUGAAGGAGAUCUUGUUGUUGAGGCAGAUUUGGCGUUUCAUGUUGCCGCAGGUCGACAUGCCGUGCAUCUAUCUUCGAGGACAACCAGGGGGCGAUUCAACUAGCGCAGAACCCCAUCUAUCUCAAAGUCUAUCUCGAAGCACAUAG